AUCGAGCGGGAACUCUAAAUUUUACUUAAAUUUUGACUCAAAUUUUCACCAUGUUUUCUCAAAAUAAUGGCCUAAAAUAACCAUCAGGGACMACAAAUCUUCUCACAUACCAUGGCUUUGGAUGUGACGGUGUGCCUUAAAGGUCUUUCAUCGGCUUUUUGCCAAUAUCGAUUCCACACGACGGAGCAAACAGUAAAGGACUUGGAAAGRCAAGUUGAUGUUCUUAUUGGUGUUUCAUCAUCUAGUAGCGCCUUACAGGGUUUCUGUGCGAAAGACCUUCUUCCAGCAGAAUGUUUAUCAUCUUUAGUUGGUUUGCUGAACGAGAAGACUAUUCGUCCCAACUUGCAUAUGAAGGCUAUGAUCCUAUUAUUUAACUUGGCUAGUGACAAUGAAACCAGAGAAAUACUACACAGUACUUAUCACCUGACAUCCACGCUAGCAGCCUUCUUGCAUAGACACCAGGUUACCUGUAAUGAAAAAUUUGUGCUACAGUGUCUCCAGCUGCUGCAAAGAAUCACAUAUUGUUGUAGAAUUACAACUACUGGUGGAUAUCUAGAGGAACUGAUCAGAUUCUUGGUCAAACAUAUUCAGAUGCCAGAGUCAGAGUUCACAGUUCCUUGUCUUGGUUUACUAGCAAAUCUAUGCCGGCAUAACUUGUCAGUACAGGCACACAUUAAAGCUAUGGAACAAAUAAAAUCAUUAUAUAGAACACUGAUAUCCUUCCUGUCGCAUGGUAACCUUACAGUAAUAAUCUUCUCUUUAUCGAUACUGACUAGUCUGUGCCUUAAUGAACAGCUUGGAGAAAAGCUUUUUAAUUCCAAGAAUAUCCACCAGACAUUCCAGCUUAUCUUCAAUAUCCUUUUCAAUGGUGAAGGAUCUCUGACAAGAAAGUAUUCUGUAGAUCUGUUUGUAGAUCUGCUGGAGAGCUCAAAGAUUCAGCAAUCACUGGUUGUACAUGAACAUUUGUCAUUUUACUUGGAACAAAUUUUAAAUCUUUUCUCAUCCACAGCUGCAGAAGAGGCAGCAAAGAUCUUUGAACUCCUUUUGACAUUCUGUUCAGUGAAUGGUGUGCGAACAAUGUUGUGUAAGACAUUCCUGUGUUCUGAAGUGACCAAGGCUAAAGGAGAAGACAAGAUGAAUGAGAUGUAUAAUUCUGUAGUGUACUGGGCAAGCCAACCAGUAGAAUCACACCCAUCUGUAUCUUUGUAUGCCUUGGACUUUCUUAAAGAAAUGUAUGAGGUCAGACUGUAUGUACUAAUAUGUUGUGAAAGCUCUCUGAAAAAGUCAGUCUUGAAGCACAUGAAGCUUGACCAGUGCUGGAAGGUGAUAGAAUAUCAGUAUCAGCACAAUAAUAUGAGCACAAGAAAUGCUGCUGCAACAUGCUGGGGCGAGGAAGGAGUGGAGGUUGUCCUAAAAAUGUUGAGUCUCUUAUGUAGCCUAAAAGACGCAGUACCAGAGAUUAAACAGGGAUUACCAGCAGCCCUUCAAGACCAGCGUCUCAUACCCCUACUGGCCCAUGGUUUGAGUAGCUCUACCAGGAGUAACGUACAGAAAGCACUGAAGAUACUUAGUGAUGCUGCUGCUUUAACUGACUUCCAAAUGAUAUGGCUUGGAGAGGUAAUGGCGUCCAAUAAUUCAGCUCGUAAAGAUGAACUAUCAUCACUGAGAAAACCAGCAGAAAAUGGCUUCAGUCCCCCGUCGUCACCAUCACGCAGCUCAACCAAUCAUAUCCAGAUAACUGGAAAUGGUCUGCGAGGGCCUGUUGCUAUGGAUACUAGUAGCAAGAAGAGUCUUGUCAUGUCGAACAGAACUAAUAUCAAUGAAGCUAAUAUUGAGUCACUGAUUGAAAGAAUGAAAUCUGGUUUAGAGAUCAAAGAUCCCAAAGCUUCUGAAAUCAUGGAUAUCUAUGAAGCAAAGUUAGCUGCACUUCUGACAAAAGAAAGUCACCUUCAAGAUCUAUUAGAGGCCAAAGCUCUUGCAGUUGAUCAAGCAGAUCGUUUGAUCUCCCAAUAUCGCUGCCGUAGGGCACAGUCUGAAGCAGAGUGUACCAAACUAAGGCAGAUUCUGCAAGAUGCAGAAAAGAAAAACGAAAAGCAAACAGAGCAGAUAAAUAUGAUGCUCGAAGCACAGAAAAUGGCAUCUAAAGAGAUGGAAACGUUGAUGAGAUACAAUGAAAACUUAAAAAUUAUUGAAGAAGAACAUGAGCAUCUGAAGGUUGCCUUUGCUGAGCAGUCACAAAGAUUAGAGACAAACCAGAGGAGCCUUAUGGCUGCACAGGACGAAAACAAAGCUCUGACUGAACUCAGUGAGAUGUUAAGACGUCAUAAUGACAAUCUAAAAAGCCAGCAUGAUUGUGCUACUAAACAGCUUUUGGAGUUGGAGCAGGAGAGAAAGAAUGUUGUACAGCAGUUAAAAGAAAGAGAGACCAAAGUUCAAGAGACGAAAAAAGCUCUCCAGCAACAAGAAAAGAAGACAUGCUUAAGAGAAAGUGAAAUAGAAGAGUUGAAGUCAAGCAUCGAGAAACUAAAGGAAGACCUUAUAAAGAACGAACAAAUUCGCAAAGAUCUCAUGCACAAGGUCUCUUCCUUGGAGGUUCUUUGUCGGCAACAUGAAGAGGUUAUAAAAGAGCGCGAAAACUCAGUGAAUACUCUUCAAAAUGAACUAGAUCGUCAGUCACAGAUUGCUGCUAUGAUCCAUAAACUGACCAGUGAACAGACAGCCAACAACAAGAGUACUACAUCCAAGUAAAACUAACUAUGUGUACAUGUAAAUAAGUAACUUACUCCUUCACUUUCCCUCCCAUCUACCCACGUAAAACCAUCUACCCAUCCACUUACCUACCCAUCUGCCCAACUACCACGCCUACCCAUCCACUUACCUACCCAUCUGCCCAACUACCACGCCUACCCAUCCACACAACUACCCACCCACCCAUCCACUCAACUGCCCACCCACCCAACUACCAAUUUGCUCACCUACCCACCCACUUACCUACCCACUUUCUUACCCAACCACACACCUGUCCACCCACAUACACUCAUCCUUGGGAAAAUAUUUUUCAAUUUUAUAUGUUCUUCCAAAAAAUACUUUGGAAAUACAUUUUCCAUUGCCUAGCUAUUUUUUUACCCUUUAUAUCGAUCCACACUGGAUUUCUGUGUGAAAAAACGGCUGCUAUUUUUGCUAAUGUGUGUUUUUCAAGCUUUGCUUGCAUUUCUGUGAAAGUCAAGCCUCUCAGUAACAAUUUUCUGACUUUUUAUCCAUGUACAUAUAAAAUGUUAAUAAUAUUGAAUAAUUAUACUACUACUAGUAUAUAUGCAUAUAUGCCCAGAAUUACAAGCUUAGUUUUUUAUUGAUAUGUAAGUCUUUCUGUAUGAGCGAGUAUUGGUGUACUGGGCUGCCUGUGAUGAAAUGAUGCACAUGGAAUAAAUAUUUCUGUAACAUGUAAUAAAUAUGGGUUAUGGAGCCAUGCAUUCUAUGUGCCUGCAGCAAAUAUAAUAAAUAUGAGAUAUGAAGGCAUACAAAAGUGAUGAUUGUUGUACUGGGCUGCCUGCGAAGAAAUGAUGCACAUGAAAUACAGUAUGUUUUCCUAUGUGUGAUAAAAAUGUAUUAAAUAUAUAGAGCUUUGCAA